AAAAACAACAGCAGUGCAGGCGAAAUGGGCAACUGCAUGGAGAUGUACAAGGUGACCCUGAGGAACACACGAGGCAUCGGCGGACCCCCGCCCCAGGAGGACCGUAAGCCUUUCCCCAUCUGCAACCAUCUGCCGGAGCGACGGAGCAUGGGCCUGAGGGAGGGGCUGGCGCGCAAACGACUGUGCGGGGACAUACGGCCACCGUCCGAGAGCCAGCUCAAGGCGUUAGAGGUCAGUUUAUUACGUAUGGACAUCAUCAUCCAGGAGAACAAAAUCAACGUGGUCCACAUCGAGUCUCGCAAGUCCCGGCGCGCUGACUCCGAGUACGACAUCUACGUGGACGUGGAGACUGACCACAUCCGGCUGGAGGAGCUGGUCAACAGGCUCAAGAGGGAGGUGGCCAGCAUCACCUUCAACCAGCUCAACAUUCCCAUGACGCCGCCGGCACUCACCAAGGCUGCCUGUAUGGAGAAUGUCCCGUGGUUCCCCCGAAUGGUUUACGACCUGGACCAGUGUGCUCACAAUGUGCUUAUGUACGGCACAGAGCUAGAUGCUGAACACCCGGGUACGGUAUUCCGAGAGCUGAUGAAACUCUACCCAACACACGCAUGUCGCGAGUAUCUGGCCAACAUUCCCCUACUGGUAGAGCACUGUGGCUACAGAGAAGAUAAUGUACCACAACUAGAAGACAUCUCCAGGUUUUUGAAAGCUCGCACUGGCUUCACUCUGAGACCUGUCGCUGGCUACCUGUCAUCACGUGACUUUCUGGCCGGCCUGGCCUUCCGGGUGUUCCACUGUACCCAGUAUAUACGUCACGACACAGACCCCUUCUACACACCGGAGCAUGCUUUGAGCGACAAGGCAGACAAGAAAGUUUUCGAACCCCUCCACAUGUGUAAACAAGAGUGUAUCAUCACCACCUUCCAAGACGUCUACUUCUACACAGACAGUUUUGAAGAAGCCAAAGAGAAAAUGAGGCAAUUCGCCAGCACCAUCAAGCGUCCCUUCGCCGUCCGCUACAACCCGUACACGGAGUCUGUGGACGUGUUAGACAGCACUCGCUGUAUCGCCACCGUGGUCAGCGAACUCAAGGGGGACCUCUGCAUCGUCAGCGACGCCCUCAAGCGGUUACAGAUCAUGGAGAGAUUUAAGUUCCAGGACUGAACUCGACAAGUGGUCUUCUCACAGGCUUAAAACGCCACAGCAUUGGGACUCAGCUGUGGUGGGCGCUAAUCGAUAUCAGUACUCAGAGCUUAUUAUUUAGAGCGACUUCCUUAGUGGGUGCAGACAAAGAUCGUUAAUAAAACACAAUCUUUGGUACUAAGAUAUUUUCGUCGCUUUGUCGAUACUAAUCCUUUCCUAAGACCGUACAUUUACAAGAUAGUUCAUUCAGCCAAAAAAAUUCAGAUGGCGCUGCAAGUCUCUAUUUUGAAGGUCACUUUCGUUUCUCCAGAAGAAGAACAGGAA